GUAGAGAGUUUCAUGUUGGUUAUUUGGCUGGUGCUGUUAUGAUGGAAGUGUUUUUGCUUAAAUUGUGUUUGUUUUUUGAUAUGGGAAUGGAAAAGAGUGAAUUGGAAAUGUGCCUUAAGAGUUGGAGUGUUGGCUCAAUUUCUAGCUUUCAGAAUGUGUACUUUUUGGAGGUUCUUAUGAGGACAACAUUAGAGACAUCUUUGCCUCUGAGCUCAAUAUUGAAAGCUAAAGAUGAAUUUCUAUUAAAAAAAGUUUUGUUUGAUGCUUUACUAUUGGUGGAGUACUCUUUUAUCUAUGAAAAUGCCAAGAACAUAAAAAGCCUUGCCUUGACCAGAUUGAUUAUUACGCAUGUGGCUGUAGAGUAUCUUAGGGAACUUGAUCAGAAUAGAGUUGUCUCUUAUAGUAAGGCAUUUUCUUCUUCCAAUUUACCUUCACAAAUAAUUAAACUGGUUUCAAACCAGAAUGGUAUUGAGGAAAAUGCCGGCAAGACAAACGGAUCCUCACCAAGAGCACUUAUAAAUUGGUUGCUACGCCUUGAGAAUCUAGGAAUUAAAGUUUUUGCAGGUGAGGAGGAUAACCAAAGCAAAUUGAUUAGCGAUGCGUUUGUAGCAGCUGCGCAAACUAUGAAGUCAAGUGAUAAGGAAAGUCGAAAACGAAAAGGGAAAAGCAGUGGAAAGAAGGUUAAGUUUGUGAAGUAUGACCUUGCAGUAAACUCUGUUCCUGUCAAAGGUGGGACUUCAGCUUCAAAUGAUAGUUCAAGUGAUGAGAGUGAAGUGGAGGAUCCAAAUUCAGAUUCAGAUGCCUAAGCUUUGAGUUACAAACUGAUAUUCAGAUUCACAAUCAUGUUUUACAAUUACAUGAUGAUGCAGUGAGAAGUUGCAUGUUGUCUCAUACUUAAGUUUUGUCAUGAUUAUAUAUUCCCUGUGCUUGAUGAUUUAAUGCAAGACAGGCUGUAACAAAUUUUUUCAGUCACAUUUCAUUUACAUUAGAACUUUCUUAA